AAAGGUGAUGAGAAGCGCUGGAUACACCACGAGCGCCUUCCUCCGCAGUCUAGUAUAGGCAAUAUCCGCAACAUUAUUUUUUAAUUUUGCAUGGACGACUGAAGACAACUUUUCACAUAUCGGAAUUUGCAAAAUACUAAAGUGAGUUUGCUUGUCAUGUUUGUGGGAUUAAGCUGCUUCGAUCGGACUGCAAACUGAAUCUGACCUACAUUCGAGCGGUGGGUGAAAACAAUGCAACGUCCUCGGGCCAACUAUUUUAUAGCUAGCUAGUGCACUUGCUUCUGCAGUAAGUAGAACUGGCUUGCUAGCUAACUAUGUUUGAUCAUAUGGUUAUGUAGCCAGAAUUUAUAUGGUAAUCAAUUGCUGAGCAAAUGUGCUAUACAAGUGCUUAUUCAUGCGAUUGGUACAAGGCUGCGCCACCAAGCUCGAAUAAUAAAAAUUGCAGCUGGCCUGCGAGUCUAGCUAGCUGGGCAAUUCCAUGUUAUUUUGGAAUUACUCUGAUACUCCGAUUUGGUUGUAUGGUUUGUUAAACUUCGAAGUCAAUGGUUUUUGUUUGGCAUACAUUUUAAAGAGUAAUUCCGUUACAAUGGAAUUGCCCAGCUACAAAUUAUACAACUAUCUUUGUAGAUAAUGACUGUACUGUAGUAGGGGAGAUUGGGGUAAAUUGAGCCAAAGGGGUAGGUUGAGCCACCCUUGUUUCUAGGAAACCAUAAACAAAAUUUAUAAUUUGACCAAAUAUGGAAAAAGUGGUAAGGAAGUUAACUUUAGUCCAAAAAACAGAUUUUCACCAAGUCAUAAAUUUGUGUUGGAGGUUUCAUGAUGCUUGUAUCUAAACCAAAGUAGAUAAUUUAAAGAUUGUUCUAUUAAAAGGCAAACUCAGCUCCAUCAUUCAUUGAAUCAGAUGAACCCACUGAUACUGGCCAACUACUUUAAUUAUUUUUUCAUUGGCAAUAUUAGCAAAUUUAGGCAUGACAUGCCAGCAACAAACGCAGAUACUACACAUCCAAGUAUAGUUGACCAAAUGAAGAGGUGAACAAAUUAUUGUUGUCUAUCAACAAUGACAAGCCACCGGGGUCUGACAACUUGGAUGGAAAAUGACUGAAGAUAAUAGCGGACAAUAUUGCCCCUCCUAUUUGCCAUAUGUUAAAUCUGAGCCUACUAGAACGUGUGUGCCCUCAGGCCUGGAGGGAAGCAAAAGUCAUUCCGCUACCCAAGAAUACUAAAGCCCCAUUUACUGGCUCAAAUAGCCGACCAAUCAGCCUGUUACCAACCCUUAGUAAACUUUUGGGGAAAAUGGUGUUUGACAAGAUAAAAUGCUAUUUUACAGUAAACAAAUUGACAACAGACUUUCAGCAUGCUUAUAGGGAAGGACAUUCAACAAGCACUUGCACAAAUGACUGAUGAUUGGCUGAGAGAAAUGUAUGAUAAAGAUUGUGGGGGCUGUUUUGUUAGACUUCAGUGCGGCUUUUGACAUUAUCGAUCACAGUCUGCUGCUGGAAAAACAUAUGUGUUAUGGCUUUACACCCCCUGCUAUAUUGUGGAUAACCGAACACAGAGGGUGUUCUUUAAUGGAAGCCUCUCCAACAUAAUCCAGGUAGAAUCAGGAAUUCCUCAGGGCAGCUGCCUAGGCCCCUUACUUUUUUCAAUCUUUACUAAUGACAUGCCACUGGCUUUGAGUAAAGCCAGUGUGUCUAUGUAUGCGGAUGGCUCAACACUAUACACGUCAGCUACUACAGCAACUGAAAUGACUACAACACUUAACAAAGAGCUGCAGUUAGUUUUAGAAUGGGUGGCAAGGAAUAAAUUAGUCCUAAAUAUUUCAAAAACUGAAAGCAUUGUAUUUACAUAUUACAUUACAUUACAUUUGUCAUUUAGCAGACGCUCUUAUCCAGAGCGACUUACAGUUAGUGCAUACAUUUUCAUACUAAUCUCUUCAAAUUGCACACUCCACAUUCAAUACAAUAUUCAGGGUUUCGCGAAUGAGCUGCUUAGUUUGAUACACCGACCACACGGUUAACAGCUAUAGGCAGUAACCUGCCCUUCAGGGUAUGGAGAACAUAAUAUAAUAAUAAUAUGCCAUUUAGCAGACGCUUUUAUCCAAAGCGACUUACAGUCAUGCGUGCAUAAUUUUUUUGUGUAUGGGUGGUCCCGGGGAUCGAACCCACUACCUUGGCGUUACAAGCGCCGUGCUCUACCAGCUGAGCUACAGAGGACCACAGAGGAACAUGUUGGGAGUAGGUCAGCAACCUGAUUCUGCACCGCAACACGUCAAGAGAAAACACAGGAUGGGCAGCCAUUAUGGUGGGAAGCCCCUCCCCCUCUAUGGAACCUGAAACAGAGGGACAAAUCAUUCACUAAACCCUAAACCUAAACUAAAUCUUAUAAUGAAUAAUGAGGAAAUUGAGGUGACUAAACUGCUUGGUGUAACCCUGGAUUGUAAACUGUCAUGGUCAAAACAUGUUGAUACAACAUUAACUAAGAUGGGGAGAAGUCUGUCCAUAAUAAAGCGCUGCUCUGCCUUCUUAACAACACUAUCAACAAGGCAGAUCCUACAGGCCCUAGUUUUGUCGCACCUGGACUACUGUUCAGUCAUGUGGUCAGGUACCACAAAGAGGGACUUAGGAACAUUUCAAUUGGCUCAGAACAGGGCAGCACGGCUGGCCCUUAAAUGUACACGGACGGAGCGCUAACAUUAAUAAUAUGCAUAUCAAUCUCUCAUGGCUCAAAGUGGAGGAGAGAUUGACUUCAUCACUACUUGUGUUUGUAAGAAGUGUUGACAAGCUGAAUGCACCGAGCUGUCUGUUUAAACUACUAGCACACAGCUCGGACACCCAUGCGUACCCCACAAGACAUGCCACCAGAGGUCUCGUCACUAUCCCCAAGUCCAGAACAGACUAUGGGAGGCACACAGUACUACAUAGAGCCAUGACUACAUGGAACUCUAUUCCACAUCAGGUAACUGAUGCAAGCAGUAGUAUCAGAUUUUUAAAAACUGAUAGAAAUACACCUUAUGGAACAGCGGGGACUGUGAAGAGACACACACAGGUACAGGCAUACGCACACACAUGCACUCUACACACACAUACAUUGUAAUAUUGUUGUAUGGUGGUAUUAUACAUUUUGCAUUGUAGAUAUGUGGUGGUGUAAUAAUGUUAUAUGAUGUACUGUUAUCUUUUGUUUUAUGUGUGAUGUAAGUGCCUUAAUGUGUUUGGACCCCAGGGCUAAUGGGGAUCCCUAAUAAAUACAAAUAAAUACCUCAGUUGGAGUCUCUAUAAGCUUCAGUAUGAGGUCCAAAACCUAGCAUGAAAGUGCAUCCUUGUAGUUAUGUGGGCUAAUAUAGUAAAUGUUUGCCUUGGGGUAAAUUGAGCCAAUGGCAAGUUGAGCAAAUUGAUUUUUUUUUCAGGCAUAAUGCGACGCAUUAUUGCUGGAAUAUGAGGUAAGAGCAGUCUGUCAUGGAAAGAGCAGGUGUUGCUAAUGUUUUGCACUGGGUGUACAAAACAUUAGGAACACCUGCUCUUUCAAUUACAUAUACUGACCAGGUGAAAGCUAUGAUCCCUUAUUGAUGUCACCUUUUUAAAUCUACUUCAAUCAGUGUAGAUGAAGGGGAGGAUACAUGUUAUAUAAGGAUUUUAAGCCUUGAGAACAUUGAGAUGUGGAUUGUGUAUGUGUGCCAAUCAGAGGGUGACUUGGCAAGACAAAAUAUUUAAGUGCCUUUGAAGGGGGUAUGAUAGUAGAUGCCAGGCGCACCGGUUUGAGUGUGUCAAGAACUGCAACGCUGCUGGGUUUUUAACGCUCAACAGUUUCCCGUGUGUAUCAAGAAUGGUCCACCACCCAAAGCACAUCCAGCCAACUUGACAAAGCGUUGGAGUCAACAUGGGCCAGCAUCCCUGUGUAACGCUUUCGACACAUUGUAGAGUCCAUUCCCCAACGAAUUGAGGCUCUUCUGAGGGCGAAAAGGAGUGCAACUCAAUAUUAGGAAGGUGUUCCUAAUGUUUUGUACACUCAGUGUGUAGAGCAAUGUUAUUCAACUCUUACCCUAUGAGGUCUGGAGCCUACUGGUUUUCUGUUCUACCUGAUAAUGAUUACCACCCACCUGAUGUCCCAGGUCUAAAUCAGUCCCUGAUUAGAGGAGAACAAUGAAAAAACGCAGUGGAACUGGCUUUGAUGUCCAGAGUUGAGUGUGAUGGGUAUAGAGAAUCAAUGUACCAUCAUUGGUUCUCUGUAGCUCAAUUGGUAGAGCAUGGCGCUUGUAACGCCAGGGUAGUGGCUUUGAUCCCCAGGACCACCCAUACGUAAAAAUGUAUGCACACAUGACUGUAAGUCGCUUUGGAAAAAAGCGUCUGCUAAAUGGCAUAUUAUUAUUAUCUAAACCACUGUGAAAUAUUUUCAAUAACCAAAAAUAUUGUAUUUUCAGCUAUUUGAAGCUGGUGUACAAAACUGAAAGUAAAAGACGCAAAAACUAAACGUAAGAACGGGAAGCAUAGAAAUAGCGCACAUAGAACAUAUCUACUGCGUCUUAGACUUGCUUUCAACGAGAAUGACAGAUCUAUAACUCACAUUUCUAUGUGAAUUUGGUCAGGUCGCACAAAAAGUUACAUAUUGCAGCUUUAAAAGGUGCUUAAAGUGAUUAAAAUAUAUUUUUUAAAGUGAUUGUGUUUGGAAAAUAAAGGUAGACAUGGUUUUAAAAAGGUAGUGGUAAUAUUUCAUUCAGUACAGACAUUUGUAGGCAGUUUAACUUACCCUGUCCCGCAGCUCAACUUACCCCAUACCCAGGGUAUGUUGUGCCAAGAGACCACUUUUUUUGGACAAGCUAUGUUUUCAAAACUGUUUACAUGAAUUCUGAUUUAUUUCCAGGGAUACACAACAUCCUGAAAUAUAUCUUUGUUAGAAAGAAUACUAUAUUUCCCUCAAAAUGUCUCAACUUACCCCACUCUCCCCAACAGUUAGCCUGGUCCAAAAUCUGUUUGUGCUUUCCAAAUGUCAACAAAACAAAAUACGCUAGACAAAGCGGGAUAUUUUUGUCGGUAGAAAUGUAUAUUGCGAGAAAUUUAUAUCACCUGGCACAUGCGCAAAUCUAUGUAAACAUCUGCAAGACUUCAGUUAGUAUGCAUGCAUCGGGUGCAUGUACUUCCUUCUGUCUUGUGCACCUGCCUUGGUUGAUGAGCAAACAUAUCGUGAUAACCACACACAGACCCCAGUUUUGAAGUCAAUUUAAUAAUACUUUAAAUCAUUUUAAUUUCGACCAGCUGAUGGACCGACCCCAUGGACAAUCUACAGAGUAACUUCAAAUGAAGUUUAUUCAACAUUCUGACUUGUAAAGGAACUGUUUUGAUUUAUUAUUUUUUAUCUCAAAGUUAGACGAGAGUGGAGGCUUGUUCAGUCCACACUUGGAUUUGUAGAGUCUACCAGGCUAGGGGACAGUAGGUCUAUGGCUAACCAGGUCUUUUGGUGCUUGUAAUGGGGAAAUCUAAGAUGACUGAAGUUAAUAUUGAGUUUAGAGUGAUCAACACAAUGGUUAGCAUAUUGGAGUUUCUGUUUUGUGACAUACAAGGUGUGGGUUGAUGGUCAAUAGACUUGAUGCUGAAUGAUAGUGCAUGAUGCCAGACUGGAGGACACACUGAUUAUUCACUGUUGUAUUGUAUUGAUGACAUCCUGUGAACACUGUGAUUCCAUAGCAGCUGACAAAGUCGUUGCCUUUUUGUUUUGACUUGCUACAAGCCUCUCAGGCUGCUGUUGACAGAAAAUUUGGUGCUGUCUGAUUAAGACAUUAAGGUACAGUCUGGAUGCUGUUUCCCUGUUGCAACUUGUAAUAAACAGUAUUGGUUUUAAAUUGACUAUCUGCGACUGCUCUUCUCUUUUGUUCACCUGGAAAUUCCUUUUACAGUGCUGUAGGUGACAACAUGGCCAACCAGGUGUUUUGGUGCUGUAGGUGACAACAUGGCCAACCAGGUGUUUUGGUGCUGUAGGUGACAACAUGGCCAACCAGGUGUUUUGGUGCUGUAGGUGACCACAUGGCUAACCAGGUGUUUUGGUGCUGUAGGUACCAACAUGGCCAACCAGGUGUUUUGGUGCUGUAGGUACCAACAUGGCCAACCAGGUGUUUUGGUGCUGUAUGUGACAACAUGGCCAACCAGGUGUUUUGGUGCUGUAGGUUGACAACAUGGCUAACGGGGUUUUGGUGCUGUAGGUGACAACAUGGCCAACCAUGUUUGGUGGUAGGUGACCACAUGGCCAAACCAGGUGUUUUGGUGCUGUAGGUACCAAUGGCCAACCAGGUGUUUUGGUGCUGUAGGUGACAACAUGGCCAACCAGGUUUUUGGUGCUGUAAUGUGACAACAUGGCCAACCAGGUGUUUUGGUGCUGUAGGUGACAACAUGGCAACCGGGGUUUUUGUUGCGUGUAGGUGACAACAUGGCUAACCGGGUGUUUUGGUGCUGUAUGUGACAACAUGGCCAACCAGGUGUUUUGGUGCUGUAUGUGACAACAUGGCCAACCAGGUGUUUUGGUGCUGUAUGUGACGACAUGGCCAACCAGGUGUUUUGGUGCUGUAGGUGACAACAUGGCUAACCAGGUGUUUUGGUGCUGUAUGUGACGACAUGGCCAACCAGGUGUUUUGGUGCUGUAGGUGACAACAUGGCUAACCAGGUGUUUUGGUGCUGUAGGUGACGACAUGGCCAACCAGGUGUUUUGGUGCUGUAGGUGACCACAUGGCCAACCAGGUGUUUUGGUGCUGUAGGUGACCACAUGGCCAACCAUGUGUUUUGGUGCUGUAGGUGACCACAUGGCUAAUCAGGUGUUUUGGUGCUGUAGGUGACCACAUGGCUAACCAGGUGUUUUGAUGCUGUAUGUGACAACAUGGCUAACCAGGUGUUUUGGUGCUGUAGGUGACAACAUGGCCAACCAGGUGUUUUGGUGCUGUAGGUGACAACAUGGCUAACCUGGUGUUUUGGUGCUGUAGGUGACAACAUGGCCAACCAGGUGUUUUGGUGCUGUAUGUGACAACAUGGCUAACCUGGUGUUUUGGUGCUGUAGGUGACAACAUGGCCAACCAGGUGUUUUGGUGCUGAAUGUGACAACAUGGCCAACCAGGUGUUUUGGUGCUGAAUGUGACAACAUGGCUAACCAGGUGUUUUGGUGCUGUAUGUGACAACAUGGCCAACCAGGUGUUUUGGUGCUGUAUGUGACAACAUGGCUAACCUGGUGUUUUGGUGCUGUAGGUGACCAACAUGGCUAACCAGGUGUUUUGGUGCUGUAUGUGACAACAUGGCCAACCAGGUGUUUUGGUGCUGUAUGUGACAACAUGGCUAACCAGGUGUUUUGGUGCUGUAGGUGACAUGGCCAACCAGUUGUCAGAGUCCCCCGCUGAGCGGACGUUCCAGUACCAGCAUAGACUGCCUCCUCUCCCUGUACCGUCUCUAGAGGGGAGCCUCGCCAAGUACCUGGAUGCAGGUGAGAUGCCAGCUGCAUGUGUGAACGAGAAGCUCCGUUAGCAUGGACCCUGAACCAUGUGUGUUUGUCGAGUAACUGAAAUGUCUGUGUGUAUGUUCCAGUGCGGCCGUUUGCUACAGAGGAGGAGGACCAGGUGACUGCGGCCAUAUUGAAGAGGUUUGGAGAGGGCAUCGGCAAAGACCUGCACCAAAAACUACUGCAGAGAGCCAGGACACACAGGAACUGGGUACACACACUCAACACACACACACACUCAACACACUGCACAGCUAGAACCUGGGAGAACUGGGCACACACCAUGCUCGACCCUGAGCAACAGCAAAAGGGAAACUUUGAGUGUUUUAAAUACUAGUCAUUACGGUGUUCCCCUGCAGUGUUUCAUCUUUAUUCUGUGUGUGUUGACCCCCAGUUGGAGGAGUGGUGGCUGGAUGCAGCCUAUCUGGAAUUGCGUUACCCCUCCCAGUUGAAUGUGAACUUCGGAGGUCCUGCACCCUACCUAGAGCACUGCUGGCCCCCUACAGAGGGAGUACAGCUACAGAGGACCAGCGUAAGCAUGUGGCACACUCUACAGUACUGGGACCUGCUCCGCACGUAAGACACACACACAUUGAGUGUACAAAACAUUAGGAACACCUGCCCUUUCCAUGACAUAGACUGACCUGGUGAAAGCUAUGAUCCUUGAGUGUGUCAAGAACUGCAACGCUGCAGGGUUUUUCACGCUCAACAGUUUCCCAUGUGAAUCAAGAAUGGUCCACCACCCAAAGGACAUCCAACCAACUUGACACAACUGUGGGAAGGAAGCAUUGGAGUCAACAUAGACCAGCAUCCCUGUGGAACGCUUUCAACACUUUGUAGAGUCCAUGCCUCAAUUAAUUGAGGAUGUUCUAAGGGCAAAAGGGGGGGUGCAACUCAAUAUUAGGACUGUGUUCCUAAUGUUUUGUACACUCCGUGUAUACAUUCAUGCUACACACGCAUCACAACUGCUGCUACCAGACGAUUGCUAAAUAAUGGACAAUUUAAACAUUUUGUCCCCCAAUCCCCCCCUUCCCCAAAACACGUGUAAAUAUUGGCCUAUGAAUUGUGCCUUCCUGUAUUAUACUUGUUUAAAGUGUUUAUUCUGUUCUACUGAGACAUUUACUUUACGUUCCUUAUCUUAUCUUUUAUUUCUUAUUGUUGUUGCAUUGUCCAGAAGGAACCUGCAAGUAAGCAUUUAGUUGGACGGUGUAAAUCAUGUGUAUCCCAUGCAUACGACUAAUAAAAUUUGAAACACACACACCUAUGUACGUUCAGUACACACUCUCUGACUGUUAUCUCCGACAGGGAGAGGCUGGACCCUCAUAAGAAUGGUAAUGUGGCGUUGGAUAUGGACCAGUUCAGAAUGCUGUUCUGUACAUGCAAAGUUCCUGGAGUCACCAAGGAUACCAUCAUCAACUACUUUAAGACCGGUAGGUGACCCCCCCCCCCCCCACACACCCCUAUGCAAUAUGAUGUUAGUAUGUGUGUAUUUUUUUUGUGUGUAGUACUUUCUGUUAUUUAUAUAGGCCUUUGUGUGUGUGUGUGUGUGUGUGUGUGUGUACUGAUUAAUUUUGUGUGUAUAUUUAUUGAUGUGUUUUUUCUGUGUGUUGUAGAGAGCGAGGGUCCAUGCCCCUCCCAUGUGGUGGUGAUGUGUAAGGGGCGUUUCUUCUCAUUUGAUGCAGUGUGUGACGGUCAUAUUCUUACCCCUCCAGAGCUGCUCAGGUAUGCUGGCCAGUGGAUAUUUAGGUAUAUUUGUGUGCAUCUGCAUUUAUUUGCAUGUAUUUAUAUGCCUUUGCGUGUAUGUAUCAGUAUUUGUGUGUUUGUGGCGUGUGUAGGCAGCUGACCAAUGUGAAGCAGUGUUGUGAGGGGGAGCCAGCAGGCGAUGGAGUCGCCGCUCUCACCUCAGAGGAGAGGACACGCUGGGCUAAGGUGUGUUUGAAGUUGGAUGUAUAGAACAGACAUCACCAUGCCCUAAACGUCUCUGUCUCUCUCGGUCUCUCUGUAGGCCAGGGAGUAUCUGAUAGGUAUAGAUCCAGCCAAUAAGACCCUCUUAGAGACCAUCCAGAGCAGUCUGUUUGUGGUCUCACUGGACGAUGCUAAACCCUACGCUACUGCAGAGAACUACACACCGGUACGUACACACACACACACACACACCACAGGCAACCAUACCAUCCUAAGUGUGGUAUAAUCUGACCUUUGGCCUUUACCCCCAGUUGACCCGGGAAACGCUGAUAGGAGACCCCACCAUCCGCUGGGGAGACAAAUCCUACAACUCCAUCUCCUUCGCCGACGGAACCUUCGGAUCCAACUGUGACGUGAGUUACUGUUUGUAGAGAGAGAAAGAGCGAUGGUUUGAGAUAACAAUACUCCUCUGUUGGCUGUAGUGUAAUUAUGUUUUGUUGUGAGCGUGCUCCCAUCUAUGGUAAUUGCUGCUUUGUGUGUGUGUUGCAGCAUGCCCCGUAUGAUGCCAUGGUGCUGGUAACUCAGUGUUACUAUGUGGAUCAGCAGCUCAAAGCUACAGACGGUAAGUGGAAGGUAAAUACAGUUUCUAUUGAACUUAUUUUUAGUGACUGUAUAUCUUGUUUGUCCUUAAUUCUAAGUGCCUUACUGGCCUGCUAAACCGGACGCAUAACUAUUGCUGAGUUUGAGACGCUCCUACAGUGAGGGAAAAAAGUAUUUGAUCCCCUGCUGAUUUUGUACGUUUGCCCACUGACAAAGAAAUUAUCAGUCUAUAAUUUUAAUGGUAGGUUUAUUUGAACAGUGAGAGACAGAAUAACAACAAAAAAAUCCAGAAAAACGCAUGUCAAAAAUGUUAUAAAUUGAUUUGCAUUUUAAUGAGGGAAAUAAGUAUUUGACCCCCUCUCAAUCAGAAAGAUUUCUGGCUCCCAGGUGUCUUUUUAUACAGUUAACAAGAUGAGAUUAGGAGCACACUCUUAAAGGGAGUGCUCCUAAUCUCAGCUUGUUACCUGUAUAAAAGACACCUGUCCACAGAAGCAAUCAAUCAAUCAGAUUCCAAACUCUCCACCAUGGCCAAGACCAAAGAGCUCUCCAAGGAUGUCAGGGACAAGAUUGUAGACCUACACAAGGCUGGAAUGGGCUACAAGACCAUCGCCAAGCCGCUUGGUAAGAAGGUGACAACAGUUGGUGUGAUUAUUCGCAAAUGGAAGAAACACAAAAGAACUGUCAAUCUCCCUCGGCCUGGGGCUCCAUACAAGGAUCUUGUCAAUGAUCUCAAGGCAGCUGGAACCAUAGUCACCAAGAAAACAAUUGGUAACACAUAAUGCCGUGAAGGACUGAAAUCCUGCAGCGCCCUCAAGGUCCCCCUGCUCAAGAAAGCACAUAUACAGGCCCGUCUGAAGUUUGCCAAUGAACAUCUGAAUGAUUCAGAGGAGAACUGGGUGAAAGUGUUGUGGUCAGAUGAGACCAAAAUCGAGCUCUUUGGCAUCAACUCAACUCGCCGUGUUUGGAGGAGGAGGAAUGCUGCCUAUGACCCCAAGAACACCAUCCCCACCGUCAAACAUGGAGGUGGAAACAUUAUGCUUUGGGGGUGUUUUUCUGCUAAGGGGACAGGACAACUUCACCGCAUCAAAGGGACGAUGGACGGGGCCACGUACCAUCAAAUCUUGGGUGAGAACAUCCUUCCCUCAGCCAGGGCAUUGAAAAUGGGUCGUGGAUGGGUAUUCCAGCAUGACAAUGACCCAAAACACACGGCCAAGGCAACAAAGGAGUGGCUCAAGAAGAAGCACAUUAAGGUCCUGGAGUGGCCUAGCCAGUCUCCAGACCUUAAUCCCAUAGAAAAUCUGUGGAGGGAGCUGAAGGUUCGAGUUGCCAAACGUCAGCCUCGAAACCUUAAUGACUUGGAGAAGAUCUGCAAAGAGGAGUAGGACAAAAUCCCUCCUGAGAUGUGUGCAAACCUGGUGGCCAACUACAAGAAACGUCUGACCUCUGUGAUUGCCAACAAGGGUUUUGCUACCAAGACAUAUUUUGCAGAGGGGUCAAAUACUUAUUUCCCUCAUUAAAAUGCAAAUCAAUUUAUAACAUUUUUGACAUGCGUUUUUCUGGAUUUUUUUGUUGUUAUUCUGUCUCACUGUUCAAAUAAACCUAUCAUUAAAAUUAUAGACUGAUCAUUUUCUUUGUCAGUGGGCAAACGUACAAAAUCAGCAGGGGAUCAAAUACUUUUUUCCCUCACUGUAUUCAUUUCAGUGAAACCUGGGCAUAAGCAUGCCGGUUCCGCGUGCUCGGCUCAGCAUAAAAUUCCACUCUGGUUCUAUUUAGAAGAUCUUACGCCGUAGCCCACACCUGAGAACAAUAGGAUAAAGUGGCUCUCUAUUCCCACUGGCAAACAGUUACACUUCCAUGUAUCAGGUAAUAAACAGGUUAAUUUCACUGUGAGUAAGCAACAGUAUCAUUUUUAUUGUGUGUGUCUGUGUAGGGCUCCGAGACAGUGCGGCCUAUGCCUCUUCCUGAAGAGUUGGUCUUCACUGUGGAUGACAGAGUCAGGAGUGACAUUGCACAUGCCAAGCAACAGUACUUUGAGACUGUGAGUCCACACACACCCACAUUCAUGACUCUGUGCGUCUCCCUGGUGGUCAGAUUGGACCAUCGCAGGUGUUGUGUUGAUCACACACACACCCUCACAAGUCCUUACACUCCCCACCUCACACACACAACUCUAAUCUGUGUGUGAUAUCUGGUUUGACAGACCUGUGUGUGAUAUCUGGUUUGACAGACCUGUGUGUGAUAUCUGGUUUGACAGACCUGUGUGUGAUAUCUGGUUUGACAGACCUGUGUGUGAUAUCUGGUUUGACAGACCUGUGUGUGUGUCUCCAGACCCAGGACUUGCAGGUGGUGUGUUAUGCCUUCACCUCGUUUGGGAAAGCAGCUAUCAAACAGAGGAAGCUCCACCCAGACACCUUCAUACAACUGGCCCUUCAACUGGCGUAUUACAGACAGCAUGGGAGGUAACACCAUCCACCCACCCAGGGCCAACUCUAGCCUUUUGGGGGCCCUAAGCGAGAUUUCGUUGGGGCCUAAGCUAAGCCAUGGGGUGAAAAUACAUUAUUUUCAGUUUUAAAGUUAAUUUAUUGUAAUUCUACACAUUUUGCAGCGAUUUAUGCCAUGUUAAUGAUUUCUAAGUGAGAGUGACUAACAAAAUCAAUGGGGGCCCCCUGGAGGUCAGGGCCCCUGGGCACGUGCCCUGUGUGCCUGUUCUGUAUUCAGCCAUGAUAACAAGUUUAGAUAGCUGGCUAGACUAACUUACCAAUGUAAAACAUGUUAGAAGGUGAAUUGAGUGACUGCCAGAGCUGACAUAACAAGAGAGAAAUUGCUGAUGUACAACCAAAUUUCGAACUUGCACAUGGUGUAUUCUACUAUUCUAACUCUCAAAUAAUAAUCAUUUGGGGGGAGGUUGGGGGCCCCCUAGCGGCCUGGGGCCUUAAGCGACGGCUUAUGUUGCUUAUGCCUGGAGCCGGCCCAGCAUCAUCCAUCCAUCCACCCACCCACCCGCCCAUCCAUCUAUCCAUCCAUCAUUUAUCUAUCCAUCCAUCCAUUCAUCCAUCCUUCCCCCCCAAUAUUCUCUCCAUAACUGAUGAUUGAUGAUAAUCCCCCGUCCCAGGUCAGGUAGUUGCUAUGAGACAGCGAUGACCAGAAGGUUCUACCACGGCAGGACUGAGACCAUGAGGCCCUGUACCCUGGAAGCACAGAACUGGUGCCGCAUCAUGCUCAACCCUGCAGCCAGCGUAAGUGUGAGAGUUUGUGUGUGUCCAAUAAACCAGUUAGUUCUUCAUUCAUUGUCAUGCCAUACAUAUAAAUCUGGCGACCAGGCUACUUACACUCUGACUUUCUGUGUGUCUCCCAGGCUGAGGCUAAGAGGAAAGCCCUGCUGCUGGCCUUCAACAAGCACAACAAACUGAUGGCCGAGGCACAGAACGGAAAAGGUUUUGACAGACAUCUCCUGGGCCUGUACCUGAUCGCCAAGGAGGAGGGACUUCCUAUGCCAGACCUUUUCACUGAUCCACUGUAUUCAAAGAGGUGUGUGUGUAUGAUUGUUUGUGUGUGUUUAUGGUAUGUGUAAUUUGUGUGCGUUCUAUCUCCAGUGGCGGGGGCGGUAACUUUGUCCUGUCCAGCAGUCUGGUUGGCUACACCACAGUCCUGGGAGCGGUCGCUCCCAUGGUGCACCAUGGCUACGGGUUCUUCUACCGCAUCAGAGACGACAGGUGGGCUAUUACACACGCACGUACACACACACACACACACACACUGACCCCACGCAACAGCGUCCACAGUUUGACCAGUAAACAUGCACGCACUGACCCCACGCAACAGCAUCCACAGUUUGACAAGUAAACACACACACACUGACCCCACGCAACAGCAUCCACAGUUUGACCAGUAAACACACACACACUGACCCCACGCAACAGCAUCCACAGUUUGACCAGUAAACACACACACACACUGACCCCACGCAACAGCAUCCACAGUUUGACCAGUAAACACACACACACACUGACCCCACGCAACAGCAUCCACAGUUUGACCAGUAAACACACACACACACUGACCCCACGCAACAGCAUCCACAGUUUGACCAGUAAACACACACACACACUGACCCCACGCAACAGCAUCCACAGUUUGACCAGUAAACACACACACACUGACCCCACGCAACAGCAUCCACAGUUUGACCAGUAAACACACACACACUGACCCCACGCAACAGCAUCCACAGUUUGACCAGUAAACACACACACACUGACCCCACGUAACAGCAUCCACAGUUUGACCAGUAAACACACACACACACACACACAUUAUCACCUACAGUGCCUUGAAAAAGUAUUCAUCCCCCUUGGCGUUUUUCCGAUUUUGUUGCAUUACAACCUGUAAUUUAAAUGGAUUUUUAUUUGGAUUUCAUAUAAUGGACAUACAAAAAAUAGUCCAAAUUGGUGAAGUGAAAUAAAAAAUAUAACUUUUUUUAAAAAAUUAUAAAAAAUAAAUAACGGAAAAUUGGUGCGUGCAUAUGUAUUCACCCCCUUUGCUAUGAAGCCCCUAAAUAAGAUCUGGUGCAACCAAUUACCUUCAGAAGUCACAUAAUUAGUUAAAUAAAGUCCACCUGUGUGCAAUCUAAGUGUCACAUGAUCUGUCACAUGAUCUCAGUGUAUAUAUACACCUGUUCUGAAAGGCCCCAGAGUCUGCAACACCACUAAGCAAGGGGCACCACCAAGCAAGCGGCACCAUGAAGACCAAGGAGCUCUCCAAACAGGUCAGGGACAAAGUUGUGGAGAAGUACAGAUCAGGGUUGGGUUAUAAAAAAAUAUCAGAAACUUUCAACAUCCCACGGAGCACCAUUAAAUCCAUUAUUAAAUUUUUUUUACAUUUACAUUUACGUCAUUUAGCAGACGCUCUUAUCCAGAGCGACUUACAGGAGCAAUUAGGGUUAAGUGCCUUGCUCAAGGGCACAUUAACGUCGUUUAGCAGACGCUCUUAGCCAGAGCGACUCACAAAUUGGUGCGUUCACCCUAUAGCCAGUGGGAUAACCACUUUACAAUUGGGGGGGGGGGGGGGGGGGGGGGGGUAGAAGGAUUCCUUUAUCCUAUCCCAGGUAUUCCUUAAAGAGGUGGGGUUUCAAAUGUCUCCGGAAGGUGGUGAGUGACUCCGCUGUCCUGGCGUCGUGAGGGAGCUUGUUCCACCAUUGGGGUGCCAGAGCAGCGAACAGUUGCUCUGGCACCACAACAAACCUGCCAAGAGAGGGCCGCCCACCAAAACUCACGGACCAGGUAAGGAGGGCAUUAAUCAGAAAGGCAACAAAGAGACCAAAGAUAACCCUGAAGGAGCUGCAAAGCUCCACAGCGGAGAUUGGAGUAUUUGUUCAUAGGACCACUUUAAGCGUACACUCCACAGAGCUGGGCUUUACGGAAGAGUGGCCAGAAAAAAUACAUUGAUUAAAGAAAAAAAUAAGCAAACACGUUUGGUGUUCACCAAAAGGCAUGUGGGAGACUCCCCAAACAUAGGGAAGAUGGUACUCUGGUCAGAUGAGACUAAAAUUGAGCUUUCUGGCCAUCAAGGAAAACGCUAUGUCUGGCGCAAACCCAACACCUCUCAUCACCCUGAGAACACCAUCCCCACAGUGAAGCAUGGUGGUGGCAGCAUCAUGCUGUGGGGAUGUUUUUCAUUGGCAGGGACUGGGAAACUGGUCAGAAUUGAAGGAAUGAUGGAUUGCGCUAAAUACAGGGAAAUUAUUGAGGGGAAACCUAUUUCAGUUUUCCAGAGAUUUGAGACUGGGAUGGAGGUUCACCUUCCAGCAGGACAAUGACCCUAAGCAUACUGCUAAAGCAACACUUGAGUGGUUUAAGGGGAAACAUUUAAAUGUCUUGGAAUGGCCUAGUCAAAGCCCAGACCUCAAUCCAAUUGAGAAUCUGUGGUAUGACUUAAAGAUUGCUGUACACCAGCGGAACCCAUCCAACUUGAAGGAGCUGGAGCAGUUUUGCCUUGAAGAAUGGGCAAAAAUCCCAGUGGGUAGAUGUGCCAAGCUUAUAGAGACAUACCCCAAGAGACUUGCAGCUGUAAUUGCUGCAAAAGGUGGCUCUACAAAGUAUUGACUUUUCUUAAUAGUUAUGCACAGUCAAAAUUUCUUAUUUUUGGUCUUAUUUCUUGUUUGUUUCACAAGAAAAAAUAUUUUACAUCUUCAAAGUGGUAGGCAUGUUGUGUAAAUCAAAUGAUACAAACCCCCUAAAAAUCCAUUUUAAUUCCAGGUUGUAAGGCAACAAAAUAGGAAAAAUGCCAAGGGGGGGGUGAAUACUUUUGCAAGCCACUGUAGCUCCAACCUCCUAACACAACACAUGAGUGCAUUACUAAAUAAAAUACAGAAUAGCUAGACUAGAGGAUGUGAAAUGAUGAUUUGGGACCCUCCUCCCCUUCCCCGUCUCUCUGAUGACAUAAUACUGUAGGGAGAGUAAUGGUGUUUAGAUAUCCCUCUGUGAGUAUAUACCACUAGAUAGAUGUUGGUGCUUUAGGUCCUGGACAAUGCAUGCUUGACCAGAUAACAGUUGCUAUUCCACCUAUUAGCCGUGUCAUCUUGUUAGUGGGGUCAAGGGUGAAGUUCAAUAGUAGUAGUUGGAAAGUGCAGCUGUGUUGUUCCGUCCUCUCUAUGAGGGCCAGAUUUGUUUAACCUCUACAAGUGUCCGGUAUCUGACUUGUACUUCCUGAUUCAGGAUCGUGGCUUCCUGUUCGGCGUGGAAGUCCAGUCCAGAGACUGAUGCAGAGACACUGUUCCAGAACCUGGUUACCUCCCUACAUGAGAUGCUACAUCUGGCUACCACAGCUCAGCUGUAACACACACAGUCUCUAGAUGGUAGCCAAUAAUAGUUUAGUUUUGCACAGAUCAAUGCAAAGGCACUUUGAUUUUAUAAAUAAUAAUAAAAGAAAAUGUAUUCUUUGUUUAAAUGCAGUUCAACAAAUUAGUUUAAUUGACACUUUAAUGAAUGUAAUUCUCUGUGAUUUUAUGUAGCAUCUAGAUUGGGAAUCCCUGUUUUCAAAAUGUAUAGAUUGAACUUCCUACCAUGAUUCUGUUUAGAUUUAGUCUGUUGUUUAUUUGUUGUGAGAAACAUUUAGUGUUAAGCCAUGCACUGUACCCCGCUAAGCUAACUCACCCUCACCAUAACACUUCCAGCCUGCAGUGACCAGCGUAGCGUCACGUGUCACUGGUCAUUAGGGAUUCAUGAACAGUAUUACUUUUCCAGAAGAGUGACAUGGAUGUUCUUGAUUGGUUGAAAUGACUCUCUUUAGAACGUAACUGUAGCUGUGAAAUGGGAAGUGGAAAAACUGAGAGAAACAGGUAAUGUUAUCUUUGACUACAGUAUGGCCUCAUGGGUAUUAUAUAAGGGCCCUACUCAAAUCAAAAUUGUUUUCCAGUUUCCGGGGCAAGAAAAAUGAUAGUUUUUAUGUUUUGCACAUCACUAGAGGAUUAUGCAUUUGGAUGCGUGUCCCAUCAAUGAAAUGGUGUUAAAAGUGUGGGUGAGGCAGAAAGAAACCCAAGUAAAUUCAAAAGUGCCUUUUUGCUGUGUCCUUAUUUUAGUCUGUUCCCAGAGAUCUGGUUAGUGGUUUUGAUUGAUUGACUUCUUAGACUUCCAAAGCGGCUGAGUCACUACCACUCCUAUGCCAGAUCCAUAUGCCACCACCCUAUGCAAUAUGCCAUUCUAUGUAGAUGUCUGUAAUAAUGAGCAUUCCUGUAUACCUGUAUGUUUAUGUUUAAAUCUGCAGUGACUACUGUGGUAGUCAUGGAAUAGUAUUUUAUUUGUAGCAAGACGAACUUGGCUAAAGCAGAAACAGAUUGGCAUCUAGGCUUUGUUAUUUGAUUGAUUCACUUGACUAGUUUUCCCUCCAUUAAUCUGACUAGUUUUCGCUCCAUUAAUCUGAAGCUUUAUCAACAUCAUACUGACUGAAAUGUUCAACUACUCUGAUAUGGCUUUUCAUUGAAUAUUUACUUAUUUCACAUUCAAUGACACUGAAUGUAAUAACAUUGGGCCUGUUCGACAUUGCAGCCGACAGUGCCGUCACAAUUUACCCAUGAUACAUCACGGUUUUGAUGCUCUCAAACACGGCCAUUGUGUUAAUACCUUCAGAUAUCCUUGAGAUCUGAAGAGAUUUUCAGCAUGUUUUUUUUUGUUGUAAAUGAUAGAAAUGUGAUCAAAGAAGAGCACUGCACUUGAUUCAAUCAACGAAAUGAAAAUAAUCUGUUUUAAUGCCUAAAGUAGUGAAAAUGAUGUAGGACAAUUAUAGUAUUGACUUACUGACAAUGGAAACUUGGAAAAUGUUGAAUUGAAUAUGAAACUUCUUUAGUGUGAUUGAACUGACAAAUCAAACUGAAUGAAUCAUGUCAUGAGCCCAAAUAUUCAAAUAAAAACAUAUUUAUUAAUGAUACCUGUUUACAUAAAUAAAAAAGUAAUGCAUACAUACAUACAUACCCAAGCAGAGGUUGUUAAUUCAGUGCAAUUGUAGAAACAGGAACGUGGUUUGUAUCAAUAUACUGUUAGUGGUUGAGCCCCAACCCUCAGGUGUGUGUAUGUAUGUAUCUCUCACUCACCAUCUUAGCUACAGGUAAGUCAAACAAAACAGGAACUCUUUGGUCCUUUUAAAUACCUCAGGCACUUCCAGUAGCAUGAGAAUAGCACAGAGACAGUUGGAAGACCACAUCUCAAGAUAAACAAACGUAUAAAAAAAUAUAUUCCUCAACAUUAAAGUUCCAAUGCAUCUGUUUUUAGCUCAAUAUCAAAUCAUUUCUGGGUAACAAUUAAGUACCUUACUGUGAUUGUUUUAAAUAAAUAAAAAUAGCUUCUUAGCAAAUAGCAAUUUCUCAAGCAAGAAUUGUGCUAGGGCUGUCUGGUAGUGGGGAGGGGAAAACUGAAAACUAGCUGUUAUUCGCAGAGAGGUUUGGAACUCUUUCUUACUGGUCUAUUAACCAAUGUAUGCCUGGUGAUGUCACUAGGCAGGCCAAAACUCCAUCUCACCAAACCAGGCUGAAAUUUCAGGCAGUCUAUUCAAACAGCUUUUACACUAAAAGGGCAUUAUCAUCAUUUUCACAGUUUCAGAAUUACCUUUAUUCUCUCAUAGUGUGGAAAUAUAUAUAAAACACAGGAAAAUCUAGUUUUUGCCUGCACUGGACCUUUAAAGGAAAACUCCACCCAAAAACUAUCUUUUGGUAUUUGUUUCAUUAGUCCAUUGUUGACAUAGUCCCAAAAUGUUUUGCUUAUCAGCACUCAAGUUUUCAAGAUAUGUAACUUUCAAAAUACAGAAAUCAUCCCUGUAUGAUGCAUUUUGCAUCAUAUGAUGCAGUGUUUUGUAUCAUAUGAUGCAAAAACAUCUACAGGAUAUUUCUGUUUUUAAAAUUACAAUCUUGGACAAAGAAACAAAAAGCCAAAUAAGUUUGGGGGGAGUUUUUCCCUUUCAGCCAAAAUAAAAAAAGAACAAAUUAAUUAAUAAUCUGAAAAAUGAGGGUACUACUGUGUCAAUGAGUCUCAUUGGGUUAGUCCAUAACAUUUUUCAGUAAACGAGACGUCGUAUUGGUUGUUCCUGUAUCUUUGCAACCAGGCACUCUAUGGACAGAUUGGGUACUUUUUUAAUAAAUAACUGAAAUACUGCCCACCUCCUCUUACUUUUACACAAAAAACUCCCCCGACCCCCCCCCCAGACCUCCCUGCACCCUCAGCCCCCCCCCCUCCCGCACCCUCGCCCCUCCCCCGGGCCUAGCACCCCCCCCCCUCAGCCCCUCCCGUCCCAGCACCCCCCUGCCCUCAACCCUCCCUUUUCCCGCACCCCCACCCUCCCAUCCCACACCCCCCCCCCCCCUAGCCCUCCCGGUCCCCAGCACCCCCCUGCACCCUCAAGCCCUCCCGGUCCCAGCACCCCCCUGCACCCUCAAGCCCUCCCGGUCCCAGCACCCCCCUGCACCCUCAAGCCCUCCCGGUCCCAGCACCCCCCUGCACCCUCAAGCCCUCCCGGUCCCAGCACCCCCCUGCACCCUCAAGCCCUCCCGGUCCCAGCACCCCCAAGCCCUCCCAGUCCCAGCACCCCCCUGCACCCUCAAGCCCUCCCGGUCCCAGCACCCCCCUGCACCCUCAAGCCCUCCCGGUCCCAGCACCCCCCUGCACCCUCAAGCCCUCCUGGUCCCAGCACCCCCCUGCACCCUCAAGCCCUCCCGGCCCCAGCACCCCCCUGCAGUCUCAGCCUCUCCCUCCCUUUUCCACUCCUCUCUCUAUUCUAUCCUCUCCUCCCUCACUGUCAUGGCCCAGCUGUGUGGUAACCAGUGA